AUGACCACGAAAAAGUUUACCACUGCUGCAACUAUCAGCCAGGGCCCUCUUAGAAUCAAAGGAGGAUACGGAGAUUUCCGUGAUGACCUGCACGCCAAUGGCUACGCCGUCAUCAAAGGAGCUAUCCCACAUGAAAGAGCAAUUCAGUACCAACGGAGAGCCUUCAAAUGGGUAACAUCCUUUGGGACUCGUUUGGACAUGAAAGACCCCAGCACAUGGAAGGCAGAAAACCUCCCGGUUCAAAGUAAACUGAACACAUUCGACAACUAUUGUGUUAUUCAUGAGAAAUUCAUGUGGGAUGCUCGCAUGGAGCCGGGAAUCGUCAAUGCGUUCGCCAAGGUGUGGGAAACCGAUGAAUUACUCGUAUCCUUCGAUUCUCUCAAUAUCACCUUCCCCAACCGCGAGGACAAACCUCCUCGCGCUCCCUGGCCACAUAUUGACCAGUCUCCCUUCAAGCGCGGCAUGCAUUGCAUCCAGGGAAUUAUCAAUCUGAGUCCUGCCGGUCCUGAAGAUGGUAGCUUAAUGUGCUUACCCCGGUCUAAUACUUUCAACGACGAAUUCUUUGAUACACAAACCGAUGCUCAGGAUUGGGAGGUCAAGGAUUGGCGCCGAUUUAGCGAGAAGGAAAUGGAUUGGUGGGCCAGCAAAGGGCUCACUCCGAUCAAAGUCACAGCCCAUCCAGGUGACUUGAUUCUCUGGGAUAGCAGGACUGUUCACUGGGGUGGAGAGCCUACAAAGAAUAGCGAUGUCAUCCGAACGGUUAUCUAUGCUAGCUAUUCUCCUGCUAAAUUGGCAACUAAGGAGGCUAUUGAAGAGAAACAGCGUGUCUUCUCGGCGUACGGCGCUACUACUCACUGGGCGCACGACAACAUCUUCUUGAGACCUCAAGUUGCAAAACUCCCAGACGGUACAAUCGACCCGCGAAACAGGAAUGAGCCCCAGGAAAAACCAGAAAUUACCGAGAAGUUGCAGAAACUGGCCGGUCUCAUCCCUUACUAG